GCGCUUUUCCGCUGUUGUCUAUCUCUAACUCACUGCCCAAAAAAAUUUCUCGCCCUGCGCUUGCGCUAAUUGCUUUAAAAACCAAUUGCUACCGUUAAACGCGAGUGCCAAAGCCCGAUAAAACUUAACCGGAGUGACUAGAAAGUGGCCUGCGAAACUGCGGAAAAAUGAAAGCCGAGGAAAAACAGGGCUAACAAACGCAGGCCACCAUUUUUAAUUUCUUUGUUUAUUUUGUGCCCAUCUUCGCGAGCGACAGAGACAGAGAGUGACAAAGGGAGAGUGAGCGGGAGGAGCUGAAUAUCGAAAUGGAAAUGGAGUGAACGCAGGGAAAACGGAUAAGAUCCAGCGAUGGCCAGCAGCGCUGGAAGUGCGGGAAGUAUUCCCGGAUCCAUCGUUUCCGGCGGAGGAGGAUCCUCUGCUUCCAGUUGUGGGACCAUGGCCUUGCCCCCCAACGGAUCCGGCGGUCCGCCCGUGAACCACGCCCACGCCGUCUGCGUCUGGGAGUUUGAGUCGCGGGGCGGCAAGUGGUUGCCAUAUUCGCCGGCGGUCUCGCAACAUUUGGAACGUGCCCAUGCCAAGAAGCUAACACGCGUCAUGCUGAGCGACGCGGAUCCCAGCUUGGAGCAGUACUACGUCAAUGUGCGCACGAUGACCCAGGAAUCGGAGGCGGAAUCGGCGGGAUCCGGUCUUCUCACCAUCGGCGUGCGGCGGAUGUUCUACGCCCCCAGCUCGCCGGCGGGCAAGGGCACCAAGUGGGAGUGGUCGGGCGGCAGUGCCGAUAGCAACAACGACUGGCGGCCCUACAACAUGCACGUCCAGUGCAUCAUCGAGGACGCCUGGGCGAGAGGCGAACAAACUUUGGACUUGUGUAAUACCCACAUCGGCCUGCCCUACACCAUCAACUUUUGCAAUCUCACCCAGUUGCGCCAGCCCAGCGGACCUAUGCGCAGCAUACGGCGAACACAGCAGGCGCCGUAUCCUCUGGUAAAACUCACGCCCCAGCAGGCCAACCAACUCAAGUCGAACUCCGCCAGCGGGAGCAGCCAGUACAACACUAUGCCCAAACUGGGGGACACCAAGAGUCUGCACAGAGUGCCCAUGACCAGGCAGCAACAUCCACUGCCCACCAGCCACCAAGUGCAGCAGCAACAACAACAUCAGCAGCAGCAGCAACAUCAUCUCCAGCAGCAGCAACACCAGAUGCAGCAUCAUCAGAUGCACCAUCAGACUGCGCCUAGAAAACCGCCGAAGAAGCACAGCGAGAUAUCCACCACAAAUCUCCGCCAGAUACUCAACAACCUGAACAUCUUUAGCAGCAGCACCAAGCACACGAACAUGGCCACGGCGGCCAGUGCCAGUUCAUCCUCUUCAUCGGCUUCCUUGCACCACGGCAACCACCUGUCUCAUGCCCAUUUCUCGCAUGCCAAGAACAUGCUGACUGCCUCGAUGAACAGUCAUCAUAGUCGCUGUUCGGAGGGAUCCCUGCAAUCGCAAAGGAGCAGUCGGAUGGGUUCACAUCGCUCGAGAUCGAGGACGCGUGCCUCGGAUACGGAUACGAACAGCGUGAAAUCGCACCGUAGAAGACCCAGCGUGGACACCGUGUCCACUUACCUCAGUCACGAGAGCAAGGAGAGCCUGCGCAGCAGGAAUUUUGCCAUUUCGGUCAACGAUCUGCUGGACUGUUCGCUGGGUAGCGAUGAGGUUUUUGUGCCCUCGCUCCCGCCAUCGUCUCUGGGUGAAAGGGCACCGGUGCCGCCACCAUUGCCGCUGCAUCCGCGCCAGCAACAGCAGCAGCAACAACAGCAGCAACAGCUGCAAAUGCAACAGCAGCAGGCGCAACAGCAACAGCAAUCAAUCGCCGGUUCGAUUGUGGGCGUGGACCCGGCCAGCGAUAUGAUAUCGCGAUUUGUCAAGGUGGUGGAGCCACCGCUGUGGCCCAAUGCCCAGCCCUGUCCCAUGUGCAUGGAGGAGCUGGUGCACUCCGCCCAGAAUCCGGCCAUCUCGCUGAGUCGCUGCCAGCACCUGAUGCAUUUGCAGUGCCUUAACGGGAUGAUAAUUGCCCAGCAGAAUGAAAUGAACAAGAACCUCUUCAUCGAGUGCCCGGUAUGCGGAAUCGUUUACGGCGAGAAGGUUGGUAAUCAGCCAAUUGGCAGCAUGUCCUGGAGCAUUAUCAGCAAAAAUCUGCCAGGACACGAGGGACAGAACACCAUACAGAUUGUCUACGACAUUGCAUCGGGCCUGCAGACGGAGGAGCAUCCGCAUCCGGGCCGGGCCUUCUUCGCCGUGGGAUUCCCACGGAUCUGCUACCUGCCGGAUUGCCCGCUGGGGCGAAAGGUGCUGCGCUUUCUCAAGAUCGCUUUCGACCGCCGACUACUUUUCUCCAUUGGACGAUCGGUGACCACCGGACGCGAGGAUGUAGUGAUCUGGAACAGUGUGGAUCACAAGACACAAUUCAACAUGUUUCCGGAUCCCACUUAUCUGCAGCGAACCAUGCAGCAGCUGGUUCACCUGGGCGUGACGGAUUAAUGAUUAGGGAAGAAUAUCUCCUUCCCAGAAAAACCAACCACCCACCCACCGAAGCCCCUGAAAAGAAAAGAAAACCCUAACCCAGAUCACUCUCUUCCAUUCGUUAAUAAGUUACUUUCUACAUAAUCUCAGUGUGUGUGCAAUCCUCGUUUACUAUGAUAUAUUUUUUUUAUAGAUAUAUUGUAAUAGCGUUCGAGCUGCUCGAACCCUAAACAACAGCAAACCACAAUUGCAAUUGUAGCUUCCUUUUCGCUCUUCCAAUUCGUAUUUGUACGCACUUAGCCGAUAAGGUUCCGUACAUCAUAUGUAUUAGCUAGUUAGUUAGUUUUAGUGAUAGUUUCCAAGAGAAUCUUGACCCAAGACACCUAUUAGUAUUAGGCAUUAUCCUGAUUCCUGAUUCGAUUCAAGCCACGCCACGCCAUUCCUCAAGCAUUCGAGUGUAAGCUGUGCCAAAAUCGUAGUGCUCCCGUUUAGGAUAUGUAUAUUGUUGAUAUAGAUAGCAUAUAACCAUCGCCCAUCUCUCCAUCUCUCUCGGUUUCAAAUUUCUCUAUUUUUUAUCAGCUCUUUAUAAGCCUUGAGGAAUCCCUUUAGAUCGUAAGAUGCUAUAGGUUAAAUAAUAUUUAGAGAGAGGACUGGAGAUGGGCAGAUUCGAUAGACUUGUCUCACUCGACUUGGCCAUUUAAUCUCUUCCAUUCAGCGAAUUUGAUGUGAUUUUAACUUGAAUUAUUCAUAAUUAAACAGAGCCUGCUACGCAUAUAUAGGGAGCAUAGUUGUAAAUCAGCCAGAUAUUUCAUUAUAUAUACAUAAACAUACAUUUAUCAUACCGCAUACCACGUAAAAUAUUUUUUUAAUUGAAACUUUUGCACACAUUUGAUGAAUUGUUGCUUUCAUAUUGAUAUCAGCUUUUGUCCGCGUCACCAUAUUUGAUAUGAUAUGAUUUUACUAAGUUGUAUUUAGCACUGAUUAGUUUUUAGUGUUCAUUGCGAAUAUUCCACAGCAAAUUCCACACCAUUAAUAUAUGCAUAUUACAUAUACAGUACAUUUAUACAUAGUUCAAAUAAAGUAAUUUUAAUCAUGUUCAAA